UCCUGCUCCAGAUCCGUCAGAGCCCGGGAGACACUGUCGCACCCAGCUCACGGGGACAGCAGCGAUGCAUCAGGACAUGGAGGCGUGGAAGCAGGUGUUCCAGGAAUUAAUCCGGGAGGUGAAACCAUGGCACACGUGGAAACUGACACGAGACAAAAGCCUUCUUCCUAACAUCCUGAAGCCAGGGUGGACACAAUACCAGCAGUGGACCUAUGCCAGGUUCCAGUGCUCCUCAUGCUCUCGAAAUUGGGCCUCUGCCCAAGUUCAGGUCCUUUUCCACAUGCACUGGAGUGAGGGGGAAUCCAGGGGCCGGGUGAAGAUGAGGGUCUUUGCCCAAAGAUGUCAGAAGUGCUCCCAGCCUUCGUUUGAGGUUCCCAAGUUUACAGAAGGGAACAUCUCAAGGAUCCUGAACAACCUGGUGUUGCACAUUCUGAAGAAGUGCUAUAGAGAAGGAUUUACGCUGGUGGAGAUUCCUAUGAUCAAGGAAAUCUCUCCUGAAGGGCCACAUGACAGUGACAAUUGCGAGGCAUGUCUGCAGGGCUUCUGUGUGCAGAGUGAGUUAGGUCUGGCCAUGUGGUCACCAGUAUCCCCAUUACCUCCCACAAUAAGCUCCCCCAUCCUCGGGAUCACCACCGAAAAACCUUCUCCCACGAGGAGUAGCACCAGAGGGGAUGCAGUGAAGAAAAAGAAGGUAUUACCCAGACAGUCGUUUCCUGAGACCACACAAGCUGAGAGCCUCCCCAUUUCCUGGAGCCCGAGAGCAAACACCAACUUCCAGGCAGAGAGAAGAGACCAGAACUCCUUCAACAAUUGCACUUUCUCUUCCCACACAGCCCAGCGUACCAGGAGCUUAGGCAUGACCUGCUGCUGCUGUCUCAUGCUAAUAAUCAUCAUUGUAAUUGUGGUAAAAACCACUAUCUGAGCCUGGAAAGCAUGAUGUUGAGUUUAUCAGACACACAGUCAUCUAUUGUAUAAUCCCA